AAAAUGUCAUUAACACUUGACUAGAAUAAUUUUGGUUAAGUAUGUAGGUAUAUUUUAUUUUGACGUCAAAGUGACAAUUAAGUCUGGCAGGUCAGUGUAAAUGUAUUUUGUAUCCGUAUCGAUUAACUUGAGAAGUAGUACAUUAGUAAUAAACACGCCCAUUUAAAAGUUUUAAAAAUAUAUAAGUUAAAAAUGAGUACUACAGGGGAGCAAUUGACACUAGCUCGAGACAUUAAAAGAGCAAUAGAACUGUUGGAGAAACUUCAACAAAGUGGCGAAGUACCUGCUACGAAAUUAGCUGCAUUGCAAAAAGUGCUACAAAGUGAUUUCCUAAAUGCUGUUAGAGAAGUUUAUGAGCAUGUGUAUGAAACAGUAGAUAUUCAAGGUUCUGCGGAUAUUCGGGCUUCUGCAACAGCUAAAGCGACGGUAGCAGCUUUCGCAGCAGCAGAAGGUCAUGCUCAUCCCCGCGUUGUCGAACUGCCUAAAACGGAAGAGGGGCUUGGAUUCAACGUCAUGGGUGGUAAGGAACAAAAUUCCCCCAUAUAUAUUUCAAGAAUUAUACCGGGAGGUGUAGCAGAUCGUCAUGGAGGCCUAAAGAGAGGAGAUCAGCUUCUAUCUGUCAACGGCGUGUCAGUAGAAGGUGAAAAUCAUGAAAAGGCUGUAGAAUUAUUAAAACAGGCCGUGGGAUCCGUUAAACUUGUAGUCCGUUAUACACCAAAAGUAUUGGAAGAAAUGGAAAUGAGGUUUGACAAGCAGAGAACGGUUCGUCGCCGUCAGAAUUUUAAUUAAAUAGCUUUUACUGUGAAAGGUUUGAAUUUCACCAUUCUUAACAAUUAGUUAAGUUUCUGCACCAGACUUACUGCCUAUAGCAAAUGUUAUUGUAAUGUUUAGAAAUGUUAAGAAAAAAUAUGCAUUUUAUAAUUCUAAUAAAUGUAUUAUCUAGUAUCUGUAGUUUAGUGUAUAGGUAGUCUGUAGUGUUUAUUAAAAAAAAAUGUAGAAAUUAUCAUGCUCAUGAGGUUAUAUUAGAUUGUAAUACAAAUGAAUAAAUUAUUCAAAUAUAAUUAAUUAAAUAUAAAAAUAUACUUGCUUCUAGAAUGUCAAAAAACUACUUAUUUAUUAAGUAAUAAUUCAGAAUUAAGAAUAGGCAAAAAACUCAUCAUUUUUUUUUAAAUGGCCUGUUCAUUAUUUUAUUCUACCAGGGUGUCAUUUAUACUUAAUACUAUAUAGAAAGGAAGAUUUUUUUUGUUUGUAAUCAAUAAACUUUGAAACUACUAAACCCAUUUCUCACAUUUUCACUUACAAAAUUAGAAAGCUUCUUUAUAUCUUCAAGAAUUAACAUGGCUAUAUUUUUUUCAGUAAUAAUAGGAUUCCAGUAUGUAAGUACAUACACAAACUGAAUCCCAAGCGGGCAAAACAUUGCUUAUCUAUAGUCAUGUAGCUUUUAUAGCAUGCAAACACUCCUUUAAGGGUUUUUUUAAUGUUUGCUCGGUUGGGUAAAACAUAGCAUGUACACAAUAAAAGAAUUAUGCUUACAACAAGAAUGUCAGCUAGGUGGAUUUCAACAAAUAAAAUUAGUGGCUAUGCUUCCAAAGGAUAAUUUUGUAAAUAUUUCUAGCAUAAUUUUGAUG